CGUGCCUGGCAGCCCCAUAACAACUGGCUGUCGCUCCAUGAAAUGUCAAAGAAGAGGCCAGAGCGUUCACCCCAGCAGGUUGUCGUGGUGUGCACUGUGUUUGCACUGUGGACUCCCCCGCCUUUUCUUUUUUUGGAAGCUUUGACUCAGCCACGGUGACAGAAGGAGGACGCACAAGUCAUGAGAACACAAUAGAUGAUGAACAAGCUGUCCCAGGACUGACUUAACACGGUGUCACUGUGUGUUGUUCUUCAUGGGGCUGACAAGUGAUGAUGCUGUGCCUCGCUGCUGGUCGUGUGGUAAAGAGGCCGAAGCAGGGAGAUGGUCAGCAUCUGCAUGAGGCAACAAUCCAGCUGUUGGAGCAGCAGCAGAACAUCUGCAGUCUGCUCAGGGAGGUCCAGAAUCCAGAUCUAUGCAACAUUUUCUGUUCUCACAAUGGAGAGCAGAAACAGGCAGAGUCUGAAGGCAUCUCAUCUGCCAUUACAGGUUCCCUGCUGGGAGACUUAUGGAAAUGGUCUCUGCUCACAACAGGAGUGCCACAUGGUGAUAACCUAACUUUGACACAAAGUAAUUGCUGUGAACUACAAGAUGUGUUGUAUUGUUUGUGGCCAGCGGGUGGGCUGAGGCGUCAGGCCUCGCAUUUGGGUGUCCCAGUAGCGGUGCUGUCAGUGAAGAUGGUGCUGGACAGACUGAUGGAGAUCACCGGAACUGAGGAAGUUAAGGAGGAAGAGGAUAAGAGGAGAGAGCUGCUCACUUCCUCUCAGCGAGUCCAGCUGUGUGUCCUGCUGGAGUCCAGCAAAGAACUGCUGUCACAGGGGGCCCUCUGCCCGAAAGUGCUCUGGCAGGAGUACAGAAGAGAUCAGAGGCUGCCUAAGCUGGAGGUGGUGUAUCAUCUUCACUUUUACAACAUCCUCACUCUGAAGUACAUUUUAGAGAGCGAUGAAGGAGUGAGGUUGUGGUUGGUGUCUCAGUUGAAGGCACUGUGCGGCUGGACACCGCCACAGGGAGAAGAGGAGACCAAACAAGUUCAACAGCAAGUGUUGUCAACUGUGGCUUCAGUCUUGGUGGGCACUGGAUUUGAGCUGAGCCAUGAGCCAGCAGCUGCAGACAGGAGGAUCUCCCUGCUCUGCUCCUCCGUGCUGGAUGACAUGCUCUUCUGGCUUCUAGACACUGUGGAAAAGACUGUGACGCUGCAGUCUGCUGGAACAGGAGCCAAGCUAUGGAUUCAGAUAUUUGAUGUGUCGUUGUGUGGAGUUUCAGUAUCAGGGGAUGCCCUUCAACGUUUCUUCACACACUGCCUCACACAGACUCUCACUUACAAACCUCGACUAACAGUUUCAGAUGCCAUCACUCUGCAGAACGAGUGGACCUUUGCAAAAGCCAGCCGGCUGUUGACCUCUGUUUUCUGUAAGCUGGCUGUGAUCUUCAGUGUGGAGCAACUGCUCUGUCACCUGCAGCAGGUUUUGGAGACCCACGAGGUCAACUGGAAACACGUCCUGUGCUUCCUCUCCACUCUUCUAGUUUACAACCCCUGUGCCCAGCCCAGCGUAAGAGAGCUGCUGUCCAGACUGCUGAGCUCUGCAUUUGAAGGCUAUGACUUGGAGAACAUGAUAACUGCCUUCCUAUUGGCUCGACAGGGUGCGCUGGAGGGACCCGGCAUCUUCCCCUCCUACAGCGACUGGUUCAAGAUGUCUUUCGGCGGAUGCAGUGGUUACCAUGCGGCCAAUAAGAAAUCUCUGGUGUUUCUGCUGAAGUUCCUGUCUGACUUGGUGCCCUUUGAACCCCCACAGUACCUCAAGGUUCACAUCCUGCACCCUCCAUAUGUACCUGUGAAACACCGCAGCCUCCUGAUGGAGUAUGUCUCUCUGGCUAAGACCAGACUGGCUGACCUCAAGGAGUCAAUGGAGGACAUGGGUUUAUAUGAGGAUGUUUCUGGUGCGGGUGGAGCAUCAGUGCAGCCGCAGUGCCAGGCUGUCCAGGAUGUGGAGAAGGCAGUGUCUCUGUUUGAGAGCACAGGAAGAAUCUCUGCCACAGUCAUGGAGGCCAGCAUUUUCCGGAGGCCGUAUUUCCUGACACGAUUCCUCCCUGCCCUGCUGACAUCGAGAGUGCUUCCCGUGAAAGCUGAUGCUCGAAUGAGUUUCAUAGAAGCUCUGAAAAAAGCAGAUAAGAUCCCUGCUGCGCAGUAUUCAUCUUAUGUGGAGUCCUGCCAGAAGCAGAGGCAGCAGGAUAGGAGUAUGGUAUGUUCGGACACUCACGAUGAUCCUCUGGAGGUCUUGAAGAUUCAGCUGCAGGAGUUCACAGAGCUGCUUGUUGGGGGAAAUGAUGGAGAGAUGUCGGCCCAGCUGUCCAGGAUCUCAUACACUCUGAGCGUCAUCUUUCCUGGCGGUCCUAAUGACCUGAUUGGACAGACAGUCAUCAGCCUUCACAUAAACACUCCUCUGUCCCCUGAGCUCCACGUCAAAGCCGUCAACAUGAUCCUGAGAAACUUUUGCCAGUGCUUGUUAGACGCUUCCCGAACUAACCCUCCUAAUAAACAAAGCCUGUGGGCCUCCAGGUUUGUCAGCGUGCUGCUUGGUAACACACCCCUCCUCUCCAGCCUUAUGCACAGACUCUGGGACCUAUUUCAUAACCAGUGGUCUUCGCUGAGUCCUGCCCACUUACUCGGCCUGGGAGCAUUUGUGGUCCAUCUCCAUGCCUCCACGUCACACGGCCCUCUGGUUCAGCUGAUCCCACCCAUUCUGCCUAAGCCCGUACCUAUCGGAGAAGCUCUGAGCUCGGCGCUGUUCUGCAGCACACACACUAACAUGCUCUUCUGUGUUCGGUUGUGUGUGGCAGCUGUGUGUUAUGGAAUCUGCAGAGGGGACUCGCAGCAACAACAGCAGGACUACAUCGUCAGCAGCCUCUAUAAGAAGCUUCUGUACCUCAUCCCAAGACUGUUGCCUGAAGCCAGAAGAACUCCCAUCACUGCUGCUGGUCCUGUUAGUGAAUCCCAGGAGGAGAACCUGGCUGGCCUGUGGAGCAGUACCACAGACACCAGCAGCACCUGGAGGAAGACUGCUUGGUAUCUGUGGAGGCACCCUGCUUUCUGUCAGCUAGAACACACACCACAGUAUAAGUUGUUGUUCUCAGACUGGCUGGCUAACGAGCUCAGAGUACAGAGGAGUGAAGACGCUCUGUCAGACCCAGAACGUCAGGAGUACCAGCAGUGGGCAUGUUUGGAGCUUUACCUGCCUCGUCCUGAGGAGCAGGGAGGCUGUGGAGGAGACAUGAAGAGCCUCUGCUCUCAUCUGCUUAAUGCCAUCAUGAACCAGCAGUUAAGUAGCCAGAGCCUGGAAAAGCUAGAUUACAGAGUGUCAGAAACCGGGACCUGUCUGCCAGACAUCCUGUCCAGAUUACAGGAGUUUGUCUAUGAGAUGGAAGUGACUGACCUCUCUGGCAGCCGUGGAAGCAGAGCUGAUGUGUGUGACUUCCUGUUCGAGUUGGUGUCUGAGAAAUGCUCCUCCACAGCGACCUCAGCUUCACCGAGCAUCAGCAUCGAGCUCAGCCUGGAACACACACUGAACACUUGGAACAGAGUACUGCUGGCUCUCCCAGCAGUGUUACUCAUUAAAGUAAAGGCUGAAGGAGGCAGGAUGACUCUGGAGUGUAACAACCUGAUAGAACAUGUCAACCAGCAUCAGAGGAAGGUGUGUUCUCCAGCCGGCUUGCUGUCGUGCCAUUUAACAGCACACCUCCUCAAAGGCGUGUUAUGUGCCAGUGUACGUUGUGGACGCUCAGGGGAAGAAGUCAACAAAGCCUGGUCUCAGAUCAGUCUCCGCUGUCCUCUGCUGCUGGUCUCUACAGUGCACUGGUGGGAACGUCUGUCUCCAGUGCUGUUGUCACUGUGGCAUCGUCUAUGUGAUGGAGAGCCUGUACCAGAGCAGCUGCAGCGCCUCACUGACUCUCAGAACUGGGCCUGCAGUUUAAGAAGGGGCCUGCCGUCAUCGCCAGUGCCUGCAGCUGCAGCUUUGGUGCUGGCUGCCAGCCUGCAUCGUGCCUGGCGAGGCUGUGGGUGUGAUAACCAGGACUUCAGUACUGCCCUGAAGAUGCUGCAACCAGAGAAGGGCAUACAGUACCGACAGGUGCUAGUUUUUCUGCUUUUCCUGUGUGUGAGCGACCAUCUGUCAGGACUCCUGUAUCCUCAGGAGAAGAGCCAUCAGAAAGCCAGGACUUUGUGCAACGACCUUCUGCCUUUGUUGGUGGACUCUGGUGACUGGCUGCUCAUCUUUAAAUCAAAUGAACAAGGUGUUUACCAGUCCAUUACCAUGGUGACAUCAGAUGAAUGUACUCGACUGAUGCCUUGGGCCUUCUACAGUCUGGUGCUCCAGCAGAGUGCUGAGCUGCUACAGAGAGCUAUGUGUUGUCCUGGGUUCCUCCAUACUGCUGUCCUCUGCUACAUCAGUCUACUGCAGCUUUUCCUGGAAGGAUACACACUUGCACCAGAAAAUCAGAUGGAGCCUUUCCAGAUUCUGAGCCACUCCAAGCAGUUUCUUCUGAGAGCCAUCUCACAGACACCUCCAGCUGCUCUGUCCUCCAGCCAACUCAGACAGCUGGAGUCCCAGUAUACAGACCUGGACCCAGAGGUGGCAGCUGCUCUCUCUGUGCACCUCGACCCCCACAGCCUCAGCCCAGAGAUGGACUUCCUCUGAAAAGCUGUCUAAACUGAACAUCCACUUUGGAGCAAUAUCUUCUCCACUGCCACGAGCUUUGAAGGUGUCUCUUUGACAGUAAUGGUUAACUGACUAUAUAUCAGGUACUUUAUUGAUAUAUUAUACUUUGCAUCUAACAGAAACAUGUUCCUGUUGUAAUACUGAUGAACAGCACUUCACUGUUCAGAUUUACUGCUAAAGCCUAAAAAAAAUAAACAACCCCCCCCCCCCCCCCGUAAAGUGUUGUUAAAAAAAAAAAAAAAAAAAAAAAAAAGGCUACAUUUUAUUUACAUGUCUUUUUGUACACAAUGCACACAGGACUUAUUAUACAUGUACCUGGUUUACAAUACAGAAAUAGCAAUAUAAUAACUUAAUAAAAACAGUAACCCAAUAAA